CCGUGCGUUUUGUCAGUGGCAGGAAGAAAAUACUCACAUUUCCUGCUGUGUGUGUUAGAAGUGUACUUGUGAAAUUAAAAUAAUGUAUUGUCUGUGAUUUUUUUAAAACGACUUUUAUAAUGCUGUAUUGUAAUUUGAGUUAAAGCGACAACUGUUGGUUGUUUUUACAGAUAAGCAAAGUCUUCAUACAGGAAUUCAUUUUAAGGUGCUCAUUUGGAUUUAGAUACUGUACAGCAUAACCCUGUUUGCCUCGAAUACAAGUUUGUGUUAUCGAAACGGUGAUUUGUGAAUUCAACGUUUUAGCACGCAAAGCACUUCUUCCAUGUUUGUGAAAUGUACAUUAGAUACAUAGUGACUGGUCUAAAAUAAAAACCCAUGGUUCAGCUGUCGAAAGCACUCGCAAUGGAGAGUGUACGCUGGGCUUUUCGAUGUGGAUCCUGGUCACCUAGUUGCUCCGAGUGGCUGCUGGCUGCUCGCUGUGUGCAGAAGGAGGAGAAAGACAGGAUUGACCAAUUUGUCUUUGCCAAGGAUGCCAAAUCAGCAAUGGCCGGGCGCCUGCUGAUUAGGAAACUAAUUGCUGAAAAAAUGGGGAUUCCAUGGAAUGAAAUCUGUUUACAGAGAACUGCCAAAGGAAAGCCAUUCCUUGCCAAUGAAGUUUCUUGCAGUUCACAAAAACAGUACACCUUUAAUAUUUCACAUCAAGGAGACUAUGCAGUACUGGCUGCUGAGCCUUUGCUACAGGUUGGGGUUGAUGUUAUGAAGACUGUCCAGCCAGGCAGCAGCACCAUAGCAGACUUCUUUCGGAUUAUGGCGAGGCAGUUUACUGAUCAUGAGUGGAAGGUGAUCAAAUCUGCAGGUACCGAAUGGACUCAGCUGGACAUGUUUUACAGACACUGGGCAUUGAAAGAAUGCUUUAUAAAAGCCAUUGGAACAGGCACUGGGUUCAAUCUACAGAGAGCUGAGUUCCAUGUGGCACCAUCACACAUACAUGUAGGCCACAUGUACAGAGAGACUAAAAUGUGCCUGGAUGGAGAAGAGGAAGAAGGAUGGGCAUUUGAGGAGUGUAUGCUGGAUAGCCAUCAUCAUGUAGCUGUUGCUUUGGGGAAACCAGAUGGACCAAGCCAAAAGCUGGAUGAUGGUCUGUUAAAUCCCACCCCUUCACAGUUCAUUACACUGAGUUUUGACGACCUUGUGGCAUCAGCCAUUCCCUUGACUGAAGAAGAUCAUGAAUACUGGGUGGGCUUUCAGAGUAAGCAAGAAGCGCCAGGACGUCAGAGGACAUCUUCAAGUUGAAUACAUAUAUAGAGGAAGCAGACUCAAAAUCAGCAUUCAUUUAUUAAAUGACUUCAGGCUAGCAGAUGGAAAUAUUACUCCCUUAUGCUAAGCUGGUGUUCAAACUAUGCUCUGGAACCACAUGUGUAAUUAUAAAGAGUACAACAUUUGAUAAAGCAUUGUAACAGCUUAUACAGCAACAAGAAAAAUAAUAUAGAAGUGGGAAAGCUCCAAUGAUAAGAACCUUUUAGGAUUCAUUGUUUUCUUAAAUCUGCCUUUUCAGAAGAUACGUGUAAAGUUAUACAGUGUGUGACAUCACUUUAUAAUUACCGUUACAUCCUUAUACCAUGGAUAUGGACACAAUUUGAAAUUCAAUAAAGAGCAACGCAUCUUCAGUAGA